CACAGCAAAUAUGUUAUAAAAGAGGCUCUCAGUCCCACAGCCAAAGCCCUCUGGAGGGAAGAGACCAAGAGGUGUUCUUGCUUGGCUUCUGGGCUCAUCUAAUAUCUGUAGCUCGGCAGAUCUGCAACCAUGAGGAUUCUUUACCUGCUUUUCUCUCUCCUCUUCCUGGCACUCCAGGUUUCUCCAGGGUUGUCUUCGCCCAAGAGGGACAUGUUGUUCUGUAAAAGAGGUUCCUGCCACUUUGGAAGGUGUCCCAGCCAUCUAAUCAAAGUUGGAAGCUGCUUUGGGUUCCGUUCCUGCUGCAAAUGGCCAUGGAAUGCAUAAAAACUUCAUGAGUCCAUUCAAGAGCUUUGGAAAAUUCUUCCAGGAACUUGCUUUGAAUCCCCUUCAUGCUACAGCAAAACCUCAGCAUCAAGAAAACCCCUCACAUGUUUAAUGCAAUAUGUUUUAUGUUAUAGAGUAAAUACAAAUAUCUUCUGCAUUACCUUUCUUCCUCUUGAAUAAAUUGUCAUUGCAUAGCAUCUA